ACCACCAACAAUUCGGGCACCCAACUGCGAAACGAGAAUCACCCCGACGACGACGACGACGACCCCAGCGACCCAGCGAAUCCACCGCCCUCCGACCACCCGACCGAAACGUUCAGCAACAACCCCCGAAAAAUAAUCAAAAAUGGGUCACUCCGGUGGUAUUCGUUCCGGCACGAGAUAUGCCUUCUCGCGUAACUUCCGCGAGAAGGGUAUGAUCGCCAUGUCGGUCUACCUGCAGCAGUACCGUGUCGGUGAUAUCGUCGAUAUCAAGGCAAACGGUGCCGUCCAGAAGGGUAUGCCCCACAAGGUCUACCACGGAAAGACCGGUGUUGUCUACAAUGUCACCAAGUCGGCUCUCGGUGUCAUCAUCUACAAGCGUGUCGGCAACCGCUACCUGGAGAAGCGCGUGAACGUCCGUGUCGAGCACGUCAAGCACUCCAAGUGCCGCAAGGAGUUCGUCGACCGUGUCAAGGACAACGCCGCCAAGAGGACGACUGCGAAGGAGGAGGGAACCCGUGUGCACCUGAAGAGAAUGGCUACCCAGCCUCGGACCGCCCACACCGUUGCCGCCGCCGAGCCGGAGACCGUCAACGCGCUGGCGUACGAGACGACUAUCUAGAGAGGUGGAUUGGUAGCUAGUGCUGUUACCGUGCUCAAUUCCAAUCUCUUUAUGUGUCCCUCCCCUAUGGCGUUUGCUUGUUUCUAAAAGUCGGUGAAUCUUGUAUGUUGUACAAGCUACAUGAUGAUGCUCUUUUGUCCCCAGCUUCUCCAACAGAAUUGACCGCUUGAUGUGCCUGAAAAAGUGCUUUUCGUACUACCAUCCCUCGUUGAAUUUCCAGUUACUACAACCGCUUGUAUCUUAAACAUUAGUAUUCCGUCUCGUACCGUAUCCGAGC